AUGCAAGCUUUAUGGCAAUAUAUUCUCAUCGUUGCAAUUUUUACAGUGGCCUAUGGCAAGUUUGAAACGAAAAAUAUUCAAUCAAUUUCCAGUGGACUUUCAUUCGGGAUGUGUCGUGGUUAUUGUCAACAAUCGAUCAAUGUGACAUCAAAUCCAUUACGGAUCGUGGCUACAAAAGAGGCAAACUUCGUGCAAAAACCCUAUCCUCCCAUUCGACAACCAUUUCCUUUCUCAUCAAAUCAAUGGGAAGAACUUAUUUCUCUUCUUAAUGUGAACGUAUUUGAGGCAUUGGGUGAUACAGUCGGAUGUCCUGAUUGCGCUGAUGGUGGAGCAGAAUGGAUUCAAGUUAAUUGGACAGAGGGCAGCAAACGAGUGACAUUCGAAAAUGGACGUGCUAUCAAAGGAAUUGAAGAAUUAAUUGGAAAACUACGACAACUGAGACAAGAAUAUGGAAAUCAAAUUUAA